AUGUUGAAAGAGAUUGCAUAUACAUUAUACUCCUAUACUGUUGCACACCCAGUGCAAACUCAAGUUAUUGUCUUGGUUGCUCUACUUGUCUAUUAUUUGGUUGUUUAUCCCGUGACCUCCCCCUUAUGGAAAGUCCCUGGACCGUAUAUUCAUCGAAUCAGUUAUAUCCCUUGCUACAACGCACAGAGAAACGGCACUUGGAUAGCUCGUGUGCACGAGUUGCAUAAAAAGUAUGGUAGUGUGGUUCUUUUAUCUCCAAACGAGGUUAGCGUCAAUGGUGAUCCCAAAUUUAUCAAUGAUAUUUAUGUGAAGAAUUUCCCCAAGUCAAAGUUCUAUGAAAAUUUCCGAAACCAUGGGUUUAAAGACAAUAUUUUUGCCAGUUUGGAGAACGAUCGUCAUCGCAAGUAUAAGAAGUUGAUCAACAAUUUGUAUAACAAAACUGCAAUUUUCUCAAAAGAGAAUCAUACAAGGUCAGUGUUGCUAGAGACUGCAGACAAGUUAGUUGAAACUGUGGGUAAAGAGUCCCCUUCUAUUGAAGUAUUUACAUUGUUUGGUGCAUUAGCAAUGGAUGUGGUUUCAAGAUUUGAACUUGGUAGGACUAAUGGUACAAACUUGUUAGACGGCUUUGCCGAUAGAAGAAUAAUUGUGUCCCACAGAGAGGUCUCCAGCAUGGGGUUCUGGACAACGUUAAUGCCUAAUUUUCUUUGGGAUUACGCUGCCACCAAAACGAUUCUACAGGCAGCUGAUGAUAUUUGCAACUUCCAAUUAAACCUCUAUAAGUUUGCUGAAAAGAAUUUGACGUCAAAUGGGAAAAAUUUGACUACACUUGAAACAUUAAAGAAAAAUGGACUUGAAGGUGAAUAUGCUUAUUCCUUUCUUACAGAUAAUUUAUUCGCUGGUCAUGAAACGACUGCCGUACAAUUAACCUAUUUAUGCUACGAGUUGUCUCGUCCUGCAAAUUACAAGAUGCAACAAAAAUUACGUGAGGAAUUGCAUAAGGCGUUCCCAGAUGGGGAAAUCGAUUUAGAAACUGUUGACAACCUUCCAUAUCUUAAUGCUUUGCUUACAGAAAACGGACGUGUUCAUACUUCUAUCCCGGGAGCUGAACCACGAGUUGUUGAUAAACCAUAUUUGGUAGAUAACAUGGUUAUUCCACAAGGCACAAUUAUUUCAUGUCUCCCAUAUUCCUUCCAUCGUACAGAAGGCGUAUUCCCUGAACCAGACAAGUUUUUACCUGAAAGAUGGAUUAUCAAUAAUGAGCAAGACAAAUGGCGAGUCAAACAACAAGAAAAGUAUAUGAUGCCGUUUGGGAAAGGAGUCAGAAUGUGUCUUGGAAUGAAUUUGGCAAUGAUUGAAAUGAAGAUAGCUAUUGCGAAAUUGUACUGGCACUAUAGCUCUACGAUUGAUGAAACGUGGUGCAGAGUCUUAAACGAUGCAAAGCCGAUUAAAAUGGGUGGAGGUGACGAUGGCACUACUGACCAAGACAAAAUGAGAAUGUACGACUGGUACACUACGAGACCAUUGUACGACGAGUGUUGGUUGAAAUGGGAAAGGUUAUAG